CUGUUACGGACUAAUUUACUUUGUGUAUUCUGUUAUAGUAAGCGAGGAAAGGACGUCAACACCAAUAUCAACAAUGGCUGAACCUGAAGGAUACUCUGAGGCAGUAGCUCUAUUAGAGAAUUUACAAUUGUCCACAACUCAUGAGGAUCUGCUUCCAAGUCUGGAUGCUGUCCUCUCUUUUCUUCAGAAAUUUAGUGGAGAUGAUCUCGACAGCCAUACACAUGGAUUUGUGGAAUGUGGUAUUCUAACAGAGCUCUACAAAAAUCUCACACAGGGGACAGCAGACCUUCAACUCAAAGUUGUCAUGGUUCUUGCUGAAUUAGCCAAAAGUGAAUCAGUGAGAAAAGCAUGCGUUGAUAAAGGCUUUGUCCCUGUGUUACUGAACAUGUUGAAAUCGACGGAGGAUAUCACCCUGGCCACUCAGAUUUGUCGAGCCCUUGGCAACAUUUGUUAUGAGCAUGACGAGGGACGAGAAGCUAUAGAUGAUGAGAAUGGUCUCCCAGUGCUGUUAGAUCUUAUGAGGAGCCAUCUGAAGAAUGAAGAUCCUGCAGCUAGCAGAUUACGUCUGACUGCUUGUGGCUAUCUCCUAAACGUCACCAAUACUAAUGACAAAUUGUUGGAGAAAGCUCUAACAGAGGGCGCUCUUGACCUGCUGGAACAGUAUGUGUGGCAGCACCGCAGUGACAAAGAGAUGUGUAAUAUGGCUCUCCUUGCCAUCGGAAGUUUUGUUGACACUGAUUUGUGCCAACAUAAACUUCAGUCCUCAACCCUAUGUAGCACCAUUGUCAGCCUUCUGGACACUAAACUGGCUGACUGCUACGAAAACAUGAUCCUUGAGCUCUUCAUCAGCCUUUCAGAGAUUGAUGACUUGAAGGAUAUUUUAGCUGAUACCAACCUUAGCAGUCAUCUCAUUCGCAUCAUCCAAUCAAACACUGGUCGCCUUGACGAUGGAAGUCAGCAGACGGUCAAAAUGGCCUCUGACCUUCUUGUCUUAUUGCUGACGGGAGACAAGAGUAUGGAGGUGAUGUUUAGUAAGGGAGAAGGACUUGUUUUUGUGGAAACUGUGAAAUGGCUGGAAAGUGACUCCGCCCACUUACAACUCUCUGCAGCCCUAGCCAUUGGAAACUUUGCUCGUAGAGAUGAACAUUGUCAGAAAUUAGUGGAGCAGGGAAUUGUUGAGAAGCUCUUGAAUGUGAUUAGCGCUCAAAGUACUCCAGAAGGGGACAUAACUCUACAACAUGCCGUUCUCAGUGCUCUCCGUAAUCUUGCCAUACCAGUGAGUAACAAGAGUUUCCUGUUGAAAGCUGGGGUCAUAGAUGUAGUUCUCUGUCUGAUGCCGACAGAAACCAUGGCUGUUGUGUUCAAACUUCUAGGUGUUCUGCGAAUGCUCAUAGAUAACCAAGAAGCAGCAGCAGUACAGCUUGGAAAAAAUCGAGAAUUUGUCACAAGGCUUGUGGAGUGGUGUGAUGUAGAUGAACAUGCAGGGGUCAAAGGAGAGGCUACACGAUUACUGGCAUCACUCAUUAAAAACAGCCACUCUUCAGAUGUCAUGAGGAACGUUGUGAAAGCUGACGGGAUAGAACACCUUGUUGCUAUGACUGUGUCAGAACAUGUCGUCAUGCAAAAUGAGGCUCUGGUGGCCUUGACCAUGAUAGUAUCAGCUGUUUUAGAGGAUGUAGCCCUGGCAUUAAAGCAGUCAGACCUGACUGAAUCUAUUACCAGUAUACUACAGAAAGACAACGCCAUCCCGGAGAUCUUAUGCAAUACGUUGAAACUCACCAAGAUCAUUUGUUCAGCAGCAACUCCUCCCACCAAUCAGAUGAUUCCUUGCAGCAUCCUGGCCUGUGCUGGUUUGCUUUCUGAUAUGCAAAGUACAUUAAAGGAAGAUAUUGCGACAUCUGGUAUUGCCGGCCUGACGGAGAAACUGACCAGACACGAGGAUGAAAAGGUAAAGGAGGCUGCUUCAUCCCUUCUAACCACCAUCCAGAUACUGACCACAGAAAGAUGA